AUGAUUCCAGGGCAGAACCAGAGCUGGGUUUCUGAGUUCAUCCUGCUUGGCUUCUCUAGUGACCCCACGACCAACACCAUCCUCUUCAUUGUCUUCCUUUUCAUCUACCUGAGCUCAGUCCUGGGCAAUGGGCUCAUCAUCCUGCUGAUCUGCCUGGACACACAGCUGCACACACCCAUGUACUUCUUCCUCUGUGUACUUGCUAUGUUGGAUAUGAGCUAUGUCACCACCACCAUGCCCCAGAUGUUGGUGCAUCUUCUUGCUCACUCUAAAACCAUCUCCUUUGCUGGCUGCUGGAUGCAGAUGUAUGUGUUUAGUGCUUUGUGUAUGGUGGAGGCUACCUUCUAUGCUGUUAUGGCUUAUGACAGAUAUGUGGCCAUUUGCCACCCACUUCGUUAUACUGUAAUACUCAAAUGGGCCGUGUGCAUAUGGUUGGCAGCUGGGUCUUGUGCCUGCGGUUUCCUCUUUUCUUUGUUGCAUACUUACUUCACGAUGAGUCUGCCAUAUUGUGGGUCCAACAAGGUCAACCACUAUUUCUGUGAAAGUCCUGCAGUGCGUAGCCUGGCUUGCAUGAAUACCCACAUCAUUGAGAUGGUGGACCAGAUCUUGAAUGUUCUUAUGGGUCUUAUUCCAAUUUCCCUCAUUGUAGCUUCCUAUGUUCAUAUUGCCAAGGCAAUUCUCAAGAUCAAGUCCACCCAGGGACGAUGCAAGGCUUUCUCUACCUGUGCCUCCCACUUGACUGUGGUCUUCUUAUUCUACGGUCCAUCCUCUUACAUCUACUUGAAGCCCAACUCCAGUUACUCCCCUGAGCAAGACAAGAAAAUAGCACUCUUUUACAAUGCCUUCACAGCCUUGCUCAACCCCGUGGUCUACAGUCUGAGGAACAAGGACAUUAAGAGGGCAUUUCUCAAGGUUAUAGGGCAUAGUAAGGCAGGCUGA